UAGAAAUCGAUCUUUAAGUUUCUACAUCCCUGGCGUUUCUAACCUAACAGUACGCACGGAAGAUCGACACAACAAGAGGAAAAAUUUCUAAAACGAUCGUUCUAAAAGAGCUGCCCGACAAGACCGCGAGUGAGGUUAGACGGCGCAAGGAUGUCAGCGGAAGAACUGCCGGAGUUUCGAUUGGAGUUGGGACCGGUUCCUAAUGUCACUUAUCCCAUCCGCGUUCAAUAUUGUGGAAACUGUUCGCUACCUAUUGAGUACUGCGAAUAUUAUCCAGAGUAUGACAAAUGCAAGCAAUGGCUAGAAAGGAAUCUGCCUACUGAAUUUGAAAAGAUAAAAUUAGCUACAGAAGAUGGUUCUACUGAAGUCAGCACAGGAGAGGAUGAGAAGAAGCGACAGAAGCGAGGCGGUAAAGGUAUGCUGAAAACCAAGAAGAAAGAGGAUAUACCACGAUUGAUAACUAUCUCCAGAGCACCUAGAGGAAAGAAGAAAUCCGUCACAGUUGUAACUGGCCUUAGCACUUUUGACAUCGAUUUGAAGGUAGCAGCAAAAUUUUUCGGUAGUAAGUUUGCUUGUGGAUCCAGCGUGACUGGAGACGACGAAAUUGUUAUACAGGGAGAUGUCAAGGAUGAUCUGUUUGAGGUGAUACCUGAAAAAUGGCCACAAAUUGAUGAAGAUUCUAUAGACGAUCUUGGGGAUCAAAAGAGAUAAUAAGGCUAUCCACUAUUAUACACGCACAAUAAUUUAAUUAUACACUAUUUCCAGUCAUGUUUAUUAUAUAAAUAAAAUGUACAUACAU